AUGCUCCGCACCAGCAUCUUGCGGGCAAUUCAAGCCGGCAAAUGCGUUAGAAUGGCGUCUUCGGGCGGAAAAGACCUUCCAGCCACGCGGUAUCACGAAGCCAAACGUGUUGAAGUCGAUGAAAUCCUCGAAAAGACGCCAGAAAAAGUAGAAAACGACACGAUGGAGUUUUUUAAAGAAUUCAAAUUGAAAGCUUUCAGACUCCAGUGAAGGUUUCGGCCGACGAAACGAUGGACAUCAGUGGCGUUCCAUUGGAACAUAUUGAAACUCGUACCGCCCGAAUUUUCAAGCCUGCCAAAGAAGCCACGCAAACUCCCUGGGGCAAUACUUUGGUAUAUAGCUCAGAACAGAUGUAAUUGGUUGAUUAUAAUUUUUAAGGCCUGGAGAAUCGAGUUAGACAAUCGCCAACGAUGGGAGAACCCAUUGAUGGGCUGGUCGAGCACGUGAGUUCUCUAGAAUUUUUUUCAGAAGUUAUUCUACCGUGCCUUUUUUUUAAAUUUCUUUCUUGAAGAGUUUUGAGAUGAAACAAGACCAAAAUGUUAAAUUUUAUGCAGAAAAUUGAGUCAAAGGGUAUUUUUUUAAAAAUAAGAUGAUUUUACGAAAUAUUGAUUAAGUCGGUUUAAAAAAAUAUUUUCUCUGAGGUAGACAGCUUGACUUUUGUAUUUUUUUAAAAAAAUUCAAACGGUUUUAUCUUGAUACAAAAAAAAAUUUUCUUGAUGUUUCGGCCUUUUCAAGCUUUCAUACUUAUAUAAAUAGAAAAAAAUUUUUCUUGUAAUGCACGGGCAAAGCUUCAAAAAGAAGAGUCUAGAGCUCCUUUCUAGGUUCCUGAAAAGGCGUCAAAAGUUUCUCGGGAUCUCCGUUUUUGAAACUUUUCCGGUCAUUUUUUUUUCUCCAAGAGAAGAAGGAGCCUUCCAGACAUUUUAAGACCUUCUCUCCAAAGGUUAUUUUUAGGUUCUUUUGAAUUUUGCCCGUGUGUGAGCGUUUGACUUUGACAGAAACGUUUUUUUAUUUAAUUUCCUUCUUAUAUUCAAUGUUUCCAUCUUGAUCAAUUUAAAAAAGAAUUUUAUCCAGAGGCGAUCCGCUCUCCAACAUCUCGAUGAACAUGAAAUUCGCCUCGAAAGAAGACGCCGUCGCUUUUUGCGAGAAAAACCGAUGGGAUUACGAUAUUGAGGUCUUUUUCAUUCGAAAAAAAUAGAUUCCUAAUGAAAUAUUUUUUCAGGAACCUAAUGCGCGACAAAUAAAGCCCAAGAACUACGGACAAAACUAUUCGUGGAACAAACGGUCGCGUAUUGGAACCAAAUAG